AUGGUUGCUCGAUCUGUCGCUCUCCGAUCUCUCAGGGGAUCUGCUCGCGUCGCCCCGCGCUUCGCCGUUGCCUCUGCCGCUCCCGUCGCCCGAGGAUUCGCCUCGUCCGCAUUCAUCAUGUCGCAGGGCAAGUUCCGUUCCGAAAAGGACAUCUUCGGUCCCCUCGAGGUCCCCGCCGACCGCUACUGGGGCGCUCAGACCCAGCGAUCACUCCAGAACUUUGACAUUGGUGGACCCCAGGAGCGCAUGCCCGAGCCCCUCAUUGAGGCCUUUGGUGUUCUCAAGAAGGCCGCUGCCACCGUCAACAAGUCGUUCGGUCUCGACCCCAAGGUCGCCGACGCCAUCUGCCAGGCUGCCGACGAGGUCAUCGCCGGCAAGCUCCACGGCCACUUUCCGCUGGUCGUCUUCCAGACCGGCUCGGGCACCCAGACCAACAUGAACGUCAACGAGGUCAUCAGCAACCGCGCCAUCGAGAUCCUCGGCGGUGAACUGGGAAGCAAAAAGCCCGUCCACCCCAACGACCACGUCAACAUGAGCCAGUCGUCCAACGACACCUUCCCCACCGCCAUGCACGUUGCUUCGGUCACUCAGAUCCACAAGGCGCUCCUCCCUGCUCUGGAAGAGCUCCGCGCUGCGCUCGACGCCAAGCGCGCCGAGUUUGACGACAUCAUCAAGAUCGGCCGUACCCACUUGCAGGAUGCUACGCCCUUGACGCUCGGCCAGGAGUUCUCGGGCUAUGUCAAGCAGGUCGAGAACGCCAUCGAGCGCGUCAAGGCCGUCAUCCCGCGUCUGUCGCAGCUCGCCCAGGGCGGUACUGCCGUCGGCACCGGCCUCAACACCUACAUCGGCUUCGACAAGAAGGUGGCUGCCGAGAUCUCCAACAUCACUGGUCUGGCUUUCGAGACGGCCCCGAACAAGUUCGAAGCCCUGGCUGCGCACGAUGCCAUCGUCGAGGCGAGCGGUGCGCUCAACACGGUCGCUGUGUCGUUCAUGAAGAUCGCCAACGACAUUCGCUACCUCGGAUCGGGUCCCCGUUGUGGUCUGGGCGAGCUGAGCCUGCCCGAGAACGAGCCGGGCUCGUCUAUCAUGCCCGGUAAGGUGAACCCGACGCAGUGCGAGGCGCUCACCAUGGUCGCCGCGCAGGUCAUGGGCAACAACACCACCAUCUCGGUCGCCGGCUCGUACGGCCAGUUUGAGCUCAACGUCUUCAAGCCCGUGCUCAUCAAGAACCUGCUCCAGUCCAUCCGUCUGCUUGCGGAUGGCGCGCGUUCCUUCACCAAGAACUGCGUCGUCGGCAUCGAGGCCAAUCGCGACACGAUCAACAAGAUCCUCAACGAGAGUCUUAUGCUUGCCACCAUUCUCAACUCGCACCUGGGCUACGACAACGUGGCGGCUGCGGCCAAGAAGGCCCACAAGGAGGGCACCAAGCUAAUCGAUGCCACCGUCGCCUUGGGCUUCUUGACCGAGGAGGAGUUCAAGAAGAUCGUGCGCCCCGAGUUCAUGCUUGGUCCUACCGAGUACAAGGGCAAGAACUGA